UCUGCAUCACAGUGAACGGAAAGUCGGCCAUGUCGGAAGAAAAAUUGGAUGAUGCUGUGGAAGGCCCACUUUUGACGCAUGAUUUCAAAAUCAAUAACUCUGGGAGUUUAGAGCUUGUGGGUGCACAGGACCGCAAUCCAGUAAGAAUAAAAGAUUUUGACGAUAUAUACAAACGACCUGAGGAGGAAACUACUGCGUUUGGCGUUGUCAAAAGAUGUGUGAAAAGAAAGAUCGACAAGUUAUCUGUCACGCGCAUUGUGCUGGCAAACUUUCCUAUUCUUGGGACUCUGAAACGGUAUAAGAUAAAACAAGAUUUGCCCAGUGACAUUAUUGCUGGUUUGACUGCAGGCGUCAUGAUGAUUCCACAAGGCAUGGCCUUUGCUCAUCUAUCAACUCUUCCACCCAUUGUUGGCCUAUACAUAUCCCUUUUUUCAUCAGUGGUCUACAUAUUUAUGGGAAUGGGACACCAGUUGUCUUGGGGCUGCAUUGCCAUUCUCAGUAUUAUGAUGGGCUCCAUAUUGGAUAAAUAUGAUCAGAAGAUUCAGGAUUCCAUGAAGACUUCAAGUUGUAAUUUUGACCUGACUGAACUGGUAAAUUCAACAUCAGUAUGGCAGUCUUCAUCAACUCCUUUGCCUGUGUCCCUCAGCGUGGAAAAAAGAAUAGAAGUUGCAGCAGCUGUCACUCUGAUUUGUGGCUUGAUUUUAGCAGUGCUGGGGAAACUAGGAUUUGCAAAGUUGACCACUUAUAUGUCAGACUCUCUUGUGACUGGGUUUACAGUUGCUGCAUCCUGUCAUGUGGCGACCAGUCAGCUGAAGUCAACAUUUGGUUUGAACUUCCUUCCUAGACACAAUGGCAUGUUUCAACUUAUCAAAGUCUGGAUAGACUUUUUGAGUAAUAUUCACAAAUCAAACCCAGCAACUGUUAUUAUGACAUUCACAAGCAUUUUGAUUAUAUACUUAGUCAAGCGCUUCAUCAAUGAAAAGUACCAGAAAAAAAUUAAGAUUCCCAUUCCAAUUGAACUCAUUGUUUUGGUCAUAGCAACAGUUGUUAAUUCUCAAACAAAGCUGAAUGAGAAAUUUUCAUUUUCAAUUGUACGAGAUGUACCAGUAGGCAUUCCUUCACCCAAAAUACCAGAUAUGUCACUUGCGGAAGACUAUAUUGUUGAUGGAAUGGUUAUUAUAAUUGUUGCAUUUGCUCAGAAUAUAGCUCUUGCGAAGCUGUUUGCAAUCAAGCAUAAAUACAAAGUGAAUGCAGAUCAGGAAAUGUUUGCCAAUGGUGUAAUUUGUGUGGUGUGUAGUUUGUUUUCUGGUUUCAUAGCUGGGGCAUCAGUUUCACGUAGUUUGGUACAGGAUGGUGCUGGUGGAAAGACUCAGGUUGCAUCUGCAUUUGCUGCAGGAGUUGUGUUGCUUGUUGUCAUGCUUUUGGGACCAUACUUCUAUUACCUCCCCACAUGUGUCUUGGCAGCAGUUAUUUUAGUCAACCUUUAUGCCAUGUUCCUGAAAUUGCUGACCAUCCCUGAUCUCUGGAGAAAGUCAAAACCGGAUUGUCUUAUGUGGGUUAUCACAUUCCUGGCAGUUGUCAUCAUAGAUCCUGCAAUGGGCCUGCUAGUUGGUAUCAUCUCAUCCAUAAUGUUAGUUCUUAUACAGUCUCAGAUUAACUCAGUGGAUGUAACUGCUUGGGUUGCUGUUGGUAAUCAUAAUGUUUGGAGAACAAAAGAAAAUUACUUUUGUACCCAAGAUGUACAUGAUGUAAGAGUAGUACGUGUGAAUGGACCAUUGUAUUUUGCUAAUGCAGAAAUUGUCACCAAUAACAUAUUCAAGAAGUCUGGUAAAAAUCCAGUGAGGAUGAGGAGAAAGCAAGCAGAAAUGCAUAAAGCUGCAAACAGCGUUGGGUCAGCAGGAGGAAAAGAAAUUGAUAUUCACCAACCUGAUGAGACUAUCAAAGACAUAGCAGAAACAGACUUAAAUGAUACCUGUAUCAUGAAAGAUGAGGAUCAUGCCACAGGAAAUGAGAUCAAACAGGAUGUGCCAGUAGUUAUUGAUUUAAAUAAACUGCCUACUGUAGAAAUAAGAAAUGGUGAUGCAAAAGAAGAGGAAGAGGACAAAGAGAAAGGACAAGGUUGCCAGUUCAGACCAUGUGGUAAGUCUUCGGAGGAGACUUUUGAGGACAACGGCUUAUCUUUUUCAAAGCUCAUUGUUGAUCUGUCUGGUGCAUCUUUCAUGGACCUGAUGGGUGUGAAAGCACUAGAGUACAUGAUUGCAGAGUAUCAGUCUGUGGGCAUUUCUGUCUAUUUUUCCAAUAUUCAUGAAAGAUGUUUUACCAUUUUAGAAAAGUCUGGCUUUUUAGCAAAGCAUGGCGAUAAAGUCUUCAUAUCCACAGAUGCAGCUAUUCAAUCUUUAGUUUGCUAAUCAGCAAGUCAAGCUGUAUAAGUUUGGCAGCAAAGAAAAAAUGUAGAAAGUGUUUUUUGAAGUGUGGUAAUGAUGAGCUGUGAUUCAAAUUAUGAUUAUUUGUUUUCUUUUCAAUCUUGAAUUUUUAAUAUCAAGAUAUGAUUGACAUAUGUACAUGAACAGGCUUCUUUGACAAGUGUUUUCUUAUUAGACAAGGAUUUCUCCUAUGAUUGGAAUAUGUGCAAAAAUAUAUUUGCAGGCUUUUUUGAUAACUGGUUUCCAGUCAGGUAAUCCUUCCUUCUCCCCUCCCCCAACCUCCAUUUUAAUGAUGAUGAUUUGCCACCCAUAAUAAAAUGCAGUUUACAUCUGUAAAUGCUACUCCUUAUGUAGUGUUCUCACUGUUUGGCAGAUUACUUGUUGAACAAUACUGACCAGUGAUGAGAUUGUAUUUUAACAAUUUACCUUUUGAAAUUAAAAGGGCAAGGUAUAAUCUGUCUCAUAAUUAGGUAUCCAGGGAAAAUUAUUUAUGAAGAAUCCAUUUACUACAUGUAUGAGCAACCAGUAGCAGGAGCUUUUGGAGUAGUGUGCCUUAGUUCCUACAACUAGGUACAGCAUUUACUGGUGUAUGUAUACCUUUCAUAAAGGUAGACAGGUGCUGAAUAACAUAAUAACAUUUUGAUGUGUUAGAUGUGCUUUAAAACUUUAUAUUCAGGGCAUAUAUAUAUUUGUAAGCAUUGUCCUGCCUUUUCUUGGACAUGCUUCAUAGAAUUAUUUCAAUACUCAUUGGAAACUCAUGAUAAAACUGUGUGCUUUUUGUUUUAUUGUUUACCUUUAUCUCUGCUGUUUUUAAGUAAAAUGCUAUGUGCCUUUGAGGAACUGCAGUUCUUGUAACAGUGUGUAUAUAUAUUUUUCUAUGAAAAAUUAUGAUUGUAUCAUGACAAGGUGAUCAUAGGUUAUUUAUAUUUUCUACUGGUUUUUAUUUUUACUGGCCAUUAUUGACAUUGUGUGAUUAUGUGAUCAUUUUUUUAUUUUUCAUUGAUCUAGUGUGGCAGAUUCUUUUAAUGAUUUGUUUUGCAUAUAUUUUUUCAAAAUCUGCCAAAGUAUGACAAAUAUUUUGUAUUAUUCAAUGACAUUAGAAACCUUACUGUGCCAGUAGUCUAAAAUAGUGGUGUUACAAGAAUGAUCUGUUUUACAUGGCUUUAAAAAAACAUCACGUAACUAGACCAUCACUGUAGCUGUAACUGCAGUAAUUACUCCAUUCCUCUUUGUGAUUCUGUUGAAGAGCAUGGAAUCAGAUGAACCCAAAUCUUUUGUUGGAGAGCACGAACACCUUCUGGCCAUGCUUGGUUAUGUCAACACCUGUCUCCCUCCUCGGUGUUGACUUUCCUAGCUUUUUUUUAAAAAUUGGGUGCCCAUGUAACUGUCUGAACAUGUUUCAUUUUCUAGGAUUUUAUUACAAAUGUUCCUGACAUUAGCCUCUUGGUUUGGGGCUUCUUCUUUUCAAAUUUAAAAAUAAUGGAUGAGGGAUAGUUGAAUUGAACAUUCCUUCCCAAUCCCUGAGAGGGGAGACUUACAAACUGAUUAAUGGCUAAACCUUAUUCCGUGGUAUUUCUUGAGCUUAGCAAGCCUCAGACUUUUUAAUCAGUGUUCUAAAGCUGCCUUGAUCGCGUCAUUCUACAACAUUUAGCUUUGAUCAUAGGUCUUUCUCUUCUGCUCUUUGUUGGUUUCUGGGCCAACUAACCUAUCAUCAUCAGCAAAAAAAAUACUUAUUGGUAUGCUUAACACAGACAUAAAUAACACACAAGGUGUGUGCGUCUAGCAGCACUGUCCGAGACAGAGAAGAAGACUGGGGCUGAGCACACAUGAAAGGGAACUGUAAACUUCUUGUAGCACAACAGUUGGCUUAGUAGCAGCUUUUUUUAAAUCAAUAAAAAACCACACAAACAAACAAACUUGUGUCUAUUGGUCCCUUUUUCUUCAUGAUUCCAGGGAAGAGGACUGAAGUUUCAGUCUAAAAUUCUACCUCUUCCAUGUCAGAUGUGUUUUUCCUAAUUUAAAUUCCUGUUUUAUCUUCUACAAACCCCACUUAGCCGACCUUCUGGCACUAUGAGGGAAAAGGGAAUACCCGGAUAAAACCCUCAGCCAGAUGAACAAGGUGUCCCAAAACAAGGUUUCAACCCUGGACCUUGCAGUUAUGACAGUCACGUGUUAACAGGCUUCCCCUCUGUGCAAAUACAAGAUUGGUUGGGUUAGUAGGAAAGUGCUUCCACCUUGAGGUGAUGUAGGAGUAAGAACACCAGAGUACCAACAGCCAGCCUUUCUAAUAGGUGUCACAUACAAAGAGUGUCCAACAUGAGAUUAACCAGUACACUACCAGGCGCCUCCUAGGUGCAAAUACAGCGGUCCGGUGGCGCAACGGUUAGCGCCUGUCACCAAUACAGUGAAGGUUGGCUGCCCAGAGUUCAUUUCUCGUCUCGGGCACGCUGUUCUUUCUCUGCAUGUGGCAUCUGUUUACAGGGCUGGCUGCUUUGCCGUAAUAUAUCCUCAGUUGCUGGCACGGCGUAAAACAUCAAUUCCCCCCCCAGGUGCAAACACUCAUUAUCAUUGUUGAUUUAUACAGAAAUUCAAGUAAUUUGAGUGCUGUGUCACCAGCUUUGGGGUCACUUGCUGCAACGCGUGUGUGACUGGUCAAGGUGCAGGAAGAAUCCACAAUGGAGAAAAGACAAUGCUGCCAACAGCACGCACUCUCCCAAACAGUCACACCUGCCGCAAUGGCAAUCAUUGUGUCAUGAAUGUGCCCCUCAGACAAAGCAUGAGUAUUUAUGAGAGAAGAUUUACCCAUCUGUUUUAACCAGUACAUGUAUAUUUUGACAAGAUGGGUAGAUGUAUGUAAGGAUAUGGGUAACUAGAUAUGGUUGAUUUUGUAAUAAAAGGCAUGUGAUGACACUUUUUUUAUCAUGACAAUAGCCAUAUGAAUUUCAUCCCCCAUCCACCGUAAUUUUUAUUGUAUUCUUCCAGUUUUUGGAUAAAGUCCUUUUCUUUUGUUAAAAGCAUGAGUAUUUAUAAGAAUAUUUUAUCUUUCUGGUGUGACUAGCACAUGUACAUUUUGACUAGAUGGGUGGAUGUAUGGAAGGAUAUGGGUAGCUAGAUAUGGCUGAUUUAAAGACAUGGGAUGACACUAUUUUUAUCAUGACAUGUGAAUUCCAUCCCCCAUCUUAAAAAGCCAUGAUUAGUGGUUUUUUUAAUAGGUUUUAGUGUCAGGUGUGUUUACACACAAAGCAAAUGAUUCUUUAAAAUUUUAAGAGACAUGAAAUAGAGAUUUGAAUGGAAGGCAAAUUGUCUUUCUACUACCAAAAAAAAAAAUCAGGCCAGAUCUGAUCACAUAGUUAUAAAUGUAUACCGAGAAUUGAAUAUAUUGUAUUAUCCACAGUACAUGUGGACAGUGAUUUUAGAGAUGCUGUUGAUUUUUAUGGUAGAUAAUGCCUGCAUUGUUCUUAUAUAUUAUAAUGAAGACACUGUUGAGAAACUAUGCAGUUCACCCUAGCUACUUUAUGUACAGAGGUGACCAAGGGUGUUGUAAUGACAACAUUUUGGAAGACAAUCAUCAAAUGUUAUAGUGUAAUUUAUUACUUGAACAAACGUAAAAUGAUUGCUCUUGAUUAUAAAGAAAGAGACUAUGAAAAUAAGUGGGGAUAGUUUGAGCAAACAGUAAACAAAAGCAAUAACAAAGAAAAACUGUUUGCUUAAUAUUUGCUUAAAUUGACAUUUUUGUUGUAUUUUGCUAUUACUGAAAGCGGACUUGUAAUAAGUGAAAGAAAUAAUCAGUUGGUAGUAUUUGGAUGAUUUAUUAAAGAGUGUUUAUGUAACUACUUUUACUUAUUGCAUUUUAACAUGGUAAACUGGUAAUGUGGAAAAAUUGUUUUGUUUGCUGGGGCUUUUGUUCAGCUAGCUGUACAGUUCCUAUUGUGAUAUAUUGCUUUAAGAGAGCUAGAAAUGUACCAGAACGUGUGAAGCAAAUCUCAGUUAUGGUGAAAUUUAACUUUGUUCAGUUUAUUUGCAUAUUCAAUUUUUUUUUUUAAAUUUUGCUGAACGUGACACAACACAAAAACGGGUGAUCGUGUCAUGGGUUUAUAAUAUUUCAGAUGGGAACAUCUGAGGCUUACAAUAAUGCUUCACUAUUUUUACAGAAAUAUUUGUUAUUAUUAUUUACUUUGACAGUUCUUGAAAGAUUAUGUGGCUGCUGACUAUCAGAUGUUUAAUCUGAGAAGCAACAUCAUCUGUGAUUUAAAAUAUUCAUGGGGAAAGUAAAUAUUUAACCUGAGCAAUAAUGCAGAAGAACACACUUUUGUUCGCGUACAGAACAUUUGCCCACAGAAAAGCAAGUUGCUGUUUGCCCUGUUUGGUGCUGUUCAGUUACACCUCUUCUUUAGCAGUCACAGAGUUGACUUCUGUAGGGUUUUUCAUUGUGUAGAAACUUUGUUACUGUAAUGAAAUGUCAGUGGCGUACCUUUAUAUACAUAAAACAUGACAUCAUAGAUAAAAUACAUUACAAUAAUAUUAACAAAUGUACAUUGCUGUGUACUUUUUCUUGCUACCGAUCAGCCAAUACAAUCAUUACUUUUAUUUGGGUGGAGAGGAGGCUGGAAUAAAAUCCACAACUAUUUUAAGUAAGAGCCUGAAAUAAUUUUAAUUUUGUGUGUGAAAAUCCCUUGAAUUUUAUAGCUGAGAAAAGCCGAGGCGUUUAUUUACAAAUCUGUAUUUUUGGAUGUGAGCUGCAUAAAGAAAAACACUUGUACUUAGACUUGUAUUUAAAGUCCCUUGUUGCAUUCCACUGCUCAUUUUUUGUGUUGACAUUGUGUUCAUAGAAUUUGUGGGUUUUUUUUCUUAUUUUUCUUUAUUGGUUUAGUAUUAUAGUUUAGACUUUUUGGCUGGUACAAGUUUUCAUAUGACUGUGACUAGGACGAGUCGCCAUCGUGUGAAUUUUGUUGGGCUGUUCUCACACAUUUUAACCUCCCUCACCCUCCAAAUCCUGCGGGGCAGCAUAAGAGAUACUUAGUGUUAUUACAGAAACAAACAAUAAAAAUUGUGGUGCA